AUGGUGAAUCCAAAGGCAAAGAAGAAAGUCCGGACUUCCUUCGGGGCCACAGCACCACCCAUCAUUGACUAUCUGAAAGAUAUUCUACGGCGAUAUCCAGAUGGUGGACAAAUUUUGAAGGAGCUGAUUCAAAAUGCAGAUGAUGCUCGAGCCACAGAAGUGGUUUUCAUCCAUGAUGAGCGAAGCUAUGGGACUGAAAGCCUUUGGACUGAAGAACUGGAGACAUACCAAGGUCCUGCUCUCUAUGCCUACAACAAUGCCGGAUUCACUGAUGAAGACUGGAAAGGGAUUCAGAGAACUGGAAGGAGUGUCAAGCGUGAUGACCCAAACAGAGUGGGAAGAUUUGGAAUCGGCUUCAACUCUGUUUACCACAUAACAGAUGUGCCAAGUAUAUUCAGUUCAGGCCACCUUGGCAUGAUGGAUCCCCAAGAAAAAGUAUUUGGAGAGAGAAAUGGAGGGUUUCGGUGGUCUUUGGAUGAUGCUGAAGACCAAGAAGUUCUGCUGAAUAUGAGUGAUCAGUUUCAACCAUUUAGAGAUAUAAUUUUGCUUUUAUGCGGACAAGAAUGGUCAACAGUUGUCAUGGAGGAUCAGCACUUCAAUGGGACAAUUUUUAGAUUUCCUUUACGCAAUGAAGCAUCAGAAAUUUCUGAUAAUCUGUAUGACUCAGAUAAAGUGGUUGAGCUUUUUGAUAGCUUCAUUGCAGAUGCAGAUUUGAGCCUCCUCUUCUUGAAAAAUGUCACCUCCGUGUCCUUGUUACAUAUUAGUGAAGAUGGAGCUGUUAACACCAGACUUGAAGUGAAAUCCUCAGUCCCCACAGAUGGUGUUUUGGAGCCAGAAGAGGAGUCAGUCACUGAGGGUCUAACAAGGUUCAAAGUUAUAACUGUGAGUUCAAAAGACCAAAAAGAGACAAAGUGGCUUCUGACAACAUGUACCAUGAAAGAGGGCGUUGCAGAAGAUCUCGAUUUGCUUACAAAGAAGUUGAGCUUUUUACCUCAAGUUGACCUGGCAUUCCCCUGUGAUGAUCAAAGCUCAGUGUUGUAUCAAGUCUACAACAUUAAUCACUCAGAAUUUUCCCACCUUUCAAAUGAUGAUAUGAAGGAGUUUCAGAUCUUCCUCCAGUCGGGAUUAUCAAAGUCCAAAGACAACCAAGAGUAUGUGAGGAAACUCAAAUCCUUACCAAUAUUUGAAACAACACAUGGUGAACGAGUGAGGAUUGAUGGAACUAAAAAGGUUUAUGUUCUCAACAUCGAAUAUUCAGUCAUGUUUCCAGAUUUGCUCAACCUACCUAACAGCAACAGCAUUUUUCUCAAGUUCAACUUCGAGAACUACAUGCUGUCAGAAACAGUCAACAUUCAGGUCCUGAAGGAUUUGCAGUAUUUCAUGAAGUUCAUUCUACCUGCUGUACACCAACUCACCGAGACACAGAUUCUUCACAGCCUUAAGCUGUUGCUGUCACUAUAUUACUCUUCAGAGGACAAGAAAACUAUCAUCUCCUCACUGAAGACAGUGAAACUGAUUCGCAGUUCUCAAGGUAGACUGGAGCCUGCAUCAUACUACUUUGAUGAGAGUGUGGAGCUGUACAAACGAAUGUUGCCCCACGAGAGAUUUGUUCCUGAGAGAUUUUGGACUGAGCUGUGUGACGGAGAUGACUACACAACAGAAAAAGCAAAAAAGCUGGUCAGAAAACUUGGAAUGAAGCAUGUUGUGUCAAACGAUGAGAUAAUAAAUUUCGCGUACCAGCUGGAAUCAGAAGCAAAAGGAAAAGGAAGAAUUGAAGACCUGAAACGGAAAUCAUCAUUACUUUUCAGGAAAGCCUUGAAGAAAGCAUGUGAUCCCAAAGACAACAACGAAAGGCUGCUGGAAAGCAUUGCUGACAUCAAAUUCAUUUUUCCAGUUAAUAUUCGAAAAGAACUGUCCAACUACCACCAACCAUUUGCAGCUGAAGGAACUAUGCACAAUGAUGACAUGGCUCUCAAGGUAAUAAAUGAAGUCAUCAUGACACUGACAAAGGAGAUUAAUGUUCUUUUAGGAAACAGAAUUGCAUCGGGUCACCUUCCAGUGCUGGGACAACUCCUCAUGUGUGACGAUCUGCAAGAUGUUCGGAAAACUCUGGCUAAAAAUCAGAUCCGUGACAGUGCUGAAACUGAAAGUUCCUCUUUUAGUCCAGCAGCCCCUGGGACAGAGAUCCCAGAAGAAUGGCAUGAUUGCUUGGACAUGAAUGUCCUCAACAACUUUGAAGAGGAGGAAUAUGUCGGCUACAGCAUUGAUGACAAGUACAUUUAUGCAGUUAUCGUUGAAGAACUGCCUGGUCACAAUGGACGAUAUUCAUGGAGAUACAAAAUAGAUAUUGGAGAAGAUGAGCCCAUUGAAGUCAGCUGUGUUGAUCUGUUUCAGUUUAAACGAGAAAAGAAGGUAAAAACAGAAAGGAGGAAAUGCAUGGAGCCAGGACCACAGAAGAAGACGCUAAAACCAGAAGAAAACACUUGCAUGGAGCUGGAACCACUGACAGGAGCUGUGCCACAUUCUUCUGAAUUAUCAACAAAUUCUUUACCGGCCUCUGUUGAGGAAGCUAAAAGGGAAAUUGAUAAAUGUUUGGCAGAGAUCUGGAGGCUUCCUGAGGAGGAGAGGCACAAAGCCAUCAAGAGACUGUACCUCAGGUGGCACCCUGACAAAAAUCUGGAUUGCCAGUCUCUCGCCAGUGAGGCAUUCAAAUAUUUACAGAAUCAAAUUGAUGAGCUCAGCAAACCCAAAGCUGCAGGCUCGACCUUUUCAAGCAGAAACACAUAUUUCAGAGGCUUCUAUGAAGAGUGGAAUCAGGAGGCCAGGUAUCACAGAAAUACUCGAGAGAGGUUCUCUAGAGGCUAUAGAGGUUUCCAUUCCUACAACUUCUGGACCCACAAUGAAAAUGUCCCAAGGCCAGACAGAGAAGAGGCCAGACGCUGGUGUAGACAGGCUCGCUGCGAUCUCAAUGCAGCUCACAAAGACACUGGUGGAGGGAGCACAGAGUGGUGUCUGUUUAAGGGUGCAGCUGCUCCUACAGGUGUAGCGGCAAAUCCCGUGAAAAGCAUCGGACCAGUAAUGGUGCAGGAGGCUGAACAUGAAACGCGUCGGAGGUCGUUCGAGUCAGGGUUUGGGUACUGGCAUCAGUUCUCUUCUAUGGCACAAGUGUUUGGCAAACACAGUUAA